AUGCAUGCUGACAUAAUACAAGAUGACCAUUCCACUGAAGCUGGAGAGGCCAAUGAGCUGCAUGAAUUGCUCAACCCGAAUAACGAUUACAUUCAAUCAGCCGCAAGAUGUCUGCAAAUGAUGCUUAGAAUAGAUGAGUAUCGGUUCACCUUUGUGUCAGUUGAUGGAAUUUCCACUCUCCUGAGUGUUCUCUCUGGCAGAGUUAAUUUUCAAGUCCAGUACCAGCUGAUAUUUUGCUUAUGGGUGCUCACCUUUAAUCCUUUACUUGCUGAAAAAAUGAAUAAAUUCAACGUCAUCGUCAUACUUGCCGAUAUUUUGAGUGAUUCGGUUAAAGAAAAAGUCACGAGAAUCAUUCUUGCAGUAUUCAGAAACUUGAUUGAAAAAGUAGAAGAUUCACAAGUUGCAAAGGAGCAUUGCAUUGCCAUGGUUCAGUGCAAAGUCUUGAAACAAUUGUCUAUCCUCAGCCAAAGAAAAUUCGAUGAUGAAGAUAUUAUGGAUGAUAUUGAAUUUUUGAAUGAUAAAUUGCAAGCGUCUGUCCAAGAUUUGAGUUCGUUUGAUGAAUACGCUACAGAAGUAAANUGCUUAGGAAUAAUCCUUUUUGAUUUGAAAUGGAAACUAUGA